CUCCUCUUGUUGAAUUUCCCAACAUUCCCUCGUUUCGAUCAAUCCCGCGGAAUCCCCAUAGAAUGCCAACCUUCCGUCUCUUCCUCUCCCUCCCUCUCUCUCUCUGCAUUGCGCAAUAUCUCUCGAAGUUUCGAAUGUUUUUCUUCUCAUGACAGUGACAAUAACGAAAUAGAAAGGGAAAUGCACUGAGAAUGCUUCAUCUUCGGCUGUGAUGACUAUGACACGGAUAGUUGAUGAACCUUCUGAAGGCUUCAUUUCCUAUAACAGAAUGCCUCGCCGAGCAAUUGAAGUGGCAUCUCCUUGUUCUUCUCAGAAUAUUCAAGCUUCAUCCCUUCACACUUCUGAAGGAUUGUUCUUUUUCUUUGGAGGGAUAGUAGUGCUCAUCAUAUUGCUGAUUCUUAUAUUUGUGUUUCGGAAUCAUAUUAAACCGGCAAAGCUUAUGAAAAUGAUAGUUUGGAAUGAACAGCUUCCUCCAAAUAAACAGCACCCUCCAAAUAAACAGCAACGAGAUGACGAACCAGCAGAGGUGUUGGAGAUGAUAGUUUCAACAAGAUCCAUGGAACUCAUGAGUGGGAGCCUUCGAACAAUAAUCUACUUUGACUACGGGACAUUGAAGAAGGCAACCAAGAAUUUUCAUUCUGUUAAUCUUCUUGGAAGUGGUGGAUUUGGGCCUGUCUAUCGGGGAAAGUUGGCAAAUGGAAGGCUAAUUGCAGUUAAGAAACUGUCUCUUAACAAAUCCCAGCAAGGAGAAAGAGAAUUUCUGGCCGAGGUGAGAAUGAUCACCAGUAUUCAACACAAAAAUCUGGUUUGCCUUAUUGGAUGCUGCACAGAAGGGAUUGAAAGGAUACUUGUGUAUGAAUACAUGAAGAACAAAAGUUUGGACCUCUACCUAUAUGGAAACAAUGACCGAUUUCUAGAUUGGAGCACUAGGUUCCAAAUUAUUCUUGGAAUAGCACGAGGAUUGCAAUAUUUACAUGAGGAUUCACACAUAAGAAUUGUUCACCGAGAUAUUAAGGCAAGCAACAUUCUUCUUGAUGACAAGUUUCAUCCAAGGAUUGGAGACUUUGGGCUGGCUAGAUUCUUCCCUGAAGACGAAGAUUACCUCAGCACUCAGUUUGCUGGAACAUUAGGCUAUACAGCUCCUGAAUAUGCUAUUAGAGGAGAAUUGUCGGAAAAGGCAGACAUCUAUAGUUUUGGAGUCCUCGUUCUUGAAAUAAUAAGUUGCAGGAAAAAUACUGACCUUACUUUACCAUCUGAAAGGCAAUAUCUUCCUGAAUAUGCUUGGAAGCUGUUUGAUAAGUCAAGGUUGAUGGAUCUUGUAGACCCAAAAUUGCUGGAGCUUGGAUUUAUAGAGAGAGAUGUUAAGCAAGCAAUCCAUGUGGCCUUCUUAUGCAUUCAAUCUCAUGCAAAUUUAAGACCUCCCAUGUCAGAGAUUGUAGCAUUAUUGACAUUCAAAAUGGACAUGGUUAAAACUCCAGUUAGACCGUCUUUCCUCGGCCAAAGGCAUAGAAAGGAUGAUGAGAGCCAUUCUUGGGAAACCAUAUCUCAGCUAUACCCUUCACCAGUGCCUAGUGAUUCUGCAUCCAUGGCUAAAUCACUAAAGUAAAGGCCACUGGUUCAUUUUUGCUGUCAAAUAAGGAUCUAUGACGAUAUAAGGAAGAGGGGAAAUAUUUUAGAGGGCUACACCAACUUUGCACCACCUUUUUGAUUAGGGUAUUUUAUAUGCACAGAGGAACUCCAUCAGCAUGGACUCUUUCACUGUAAUUACUAGGAGAAUAUCUAUGUAAUAUCCUUACAGGAUAGUUCUCUGAAGCCUUUUUUUUUUUUUUAAGGGUAAUGUGUUACAGUAGACUUCUAUUCAAUUUCUAACAGAUCUUCUAAAGUAUUUUGUCUUAGUAAAAUAGAGAGAUGGGCAGAGAAUAUUUGUCCUAUCUCUGCUCAUUGUCUGAUCCACUAUUUUCUUAUCUCUCCGUACUUUGCCCAUAAUUUAUU